AUGAUCGAUUCAAUUGGCAGCGGGGCCUCAAAUUCGACAACAUCAAAUAACGCGAACAACGAGGUGAUUUUGGCGGCUUUCGAGGCAAAGAGGAGAGCAGAAACAUGUCCCGCUUGUGAUCCAGAGCUAUCGACGUUGGAAAUUGAGGCGGCAGCCGCUGUUCGAGAGGUUUCAUUCGCCGUACAGAACAUCAGCGUGUCGGAAAUAUUGCCGAGAACAACCGAAUUGAUGUUUCUGAAUCUAACGACAAAGGAAGGAUCUUCUUACUGCAUUGAAUUGACGAUAAAAGGAUGGCGGAUAGCAUCAAAUAGAAACGAUUGCAUGAAUGGUAUGCGGUGGUUGGCGGUUUUACUGCUGGCCUCCAUGGCCGAUGGAGUCUCGACGGCAAAACUUCAAGGUGGUUUUGCUGCAAUGUCCAUCGAUUUUGGAUCCAAGUUCUUAAAGAUAGGCCUCGUCAAACCGGGUGUUCCUAUGGAAAUCGUGCUAAACAAGGAGAGUCGUCGGAAAACGCCAGCACUCAUUCACAUAAAAGAUGGAGAAAGAGUCUUUGGUGAUCCGGCAAUGCAGAUUACAAGUCGGCACCCAACAUCCGUAUACGGGAAUCUUCUGGACCUUGUCGCAAAGCCAAUCGACCAUCCAAUUGUGAAGCAAUACCUGGAAAAUUACCCACACUUGUCGCUGAUUCCGACGAACCGAUCAACCGUCGCUCUACCUUUUGGUGAAGAAGCAUACGCCAUCGAAACGGUGCUUGCCAUGAUUUUGUCGAAUGCUCGGGAAGCUGCCGAAGCUUUCGCUGAACAGACUAUCAAAGAUGUCGUCAUUUCCGUCCCCGCAUUCUUCAAUCAAGCUGAAAGAUUGGCGAUUCUCAAUGCUGCAAAAAUUGCAAAAUUGAAUUUACUUCAGUUGAUCAACGAUGGAACAGCAGCUGCCCUUAGCUAUGGAGUCUUUAGACGGAAAGAAUUAUCCGAGAAACAACAGCGGCUUUUGAUUUAUGAUAUGGGAGCCUCAAAAACAAUAACUACUUUGGUUGAAUACAAAAUUGCUAAAGACAAAAAGGGAUACAAAGAACCCCAUCUCACCGUUUUGGGAAUUGGCUAUGAUAGAACGCUUGGAGGCGAAUUGAUCACUUUGCGGCUACAGAAGUUAUUGGUUGAGAAAUUCCGUCACAAUUACAAGACCGAAAAGGACAUUGCCACUAAUCACAAAGCUAUGGCCAAAAUGUACAAAGAGGCGGAACGUGUGAAACAAGUUCUUUCUGCAAACCUGGAUCACUUUGCGCAAAUCGAGAGCGUGCACGAGGAUAUUGAUAUGCGGCUGAGAGUCACAAGAGAGGAACUAAACGGACUAAUUGUGGAUUUGGACGAACGGAUUCUCGCGCCAAUUGAUGGAGCUCUUGAGAUGGCCGGAUUGACUAUGGAUCAGGUUGAUCAAAUCGUCUUGAUGGGUGCUGGAACUCGUAUUCCGAAAGUUCAAGAUUUGAUGCAAACGAGAAUUGGAAGCAAAGAAAUCGGCCGUUUCUUGAAUACUGAUGAGUCGAUUGCUCUUGGUGGUCUUUACCAAGCGGCUUUCUUGUCAAAGGGAUUCAAAGUGAAGACGUUCUACGUUGAGGAAUUGCAGAUAUAUCCCGUCCAAGUUCACUUCAUUUCCAAGCAUAAAGAUGAGUACACCCAAAAAGUUGCGGAAAAAGACAUCAAGAAAUCAAUUUUUCCUUACAAAUCUUUGUAUCCUACAGCAAGAAAGGUGAUGACUUUUACUUCUUAUCAAGACGAUUUUGCUAUUGGACUACACUACGGAGACCUCUCGCACUUUUCGGCUGACCAGAAGAAUUUGUUCGGCAGCACUCACUUCAAUGACAUCAAAAUUGGUGGUCUCAAGAAAGCGCUCGACGAUAAGCUAAACCCCGAAGAAAACGAAUUCAAAGGAGUCAAGGUAGGUUUUUCGCUGGACUACUCAGGAUUGGUUCGAAUUGAUGGCGCCGAGGCAAUCAUUGAGAAAAAGCCCAAGGGUGUUGUGGAAUCUUUGACCAAUACGAUUAGCGGUUUCUUCUCGGGUGAAGGCAAGAAAGAUGAGGGUGACACGACGGAGGAAAAAGUUGAGGAUCCAACGGGUGAAUCGGCUGGAACAAAUCAAGAUCAAAGCACCGAUGAAAAAGUAGCCGAAACCACCGAAAAACCCGACAAGAAGGAAGACGAGAAACCAACCGAGAAAGGAAAGACCGAAGAAAAAUCGACGAACAAAACCGAGACUGCCAAGGAAAUACCAACGACAACCAAGGUUAAACUAUCAGUCACGCGAGAUCACAAGGACAUCAAACCGGUGAGCGUCGACGAGGUGAACUCAUCCAUCAGAUUAUUGGAACGCUUUGAGAAAGAAGAAGUUUUGCGGGCCGAACGUCACUCCGCCGAGAAUGAGCUGGAAGCAUUUGCAUUUGAAGCAAGCACCUUGAUUGACGAGGAGAAGUUCAUUCUUCAUUCAAAUGAAGUUGAACGACAAAAGUUGCAAGCGGAGGUGACACGAGUUCGGGCUUGGCUUGAAGAUGACACGCAACCAUCGACUCCAACAAAAGAUUUCAAAGACAACUACAAGAAGAUCAAGGAAAUCGUUGAGCCGAUCAACAAACGAAUCUCGGAAACACAAAAUCGCCCACCGGCUUUGGAAGAAUUGGAGAAAUUGAUCAACACAACGAUCCAACUUGUCACGCUCACAAAAACUUCACCGAAACGGCCACUCACGAAAAUUGACAAGCUCGUAACAUGGCUGACAAGCAACAAGAAGCAACAGGCCAACUUGCCGAUUAAUGAGGACUCCGUGCUGAAAACGGAGGAUAUUAAGAGCAAGACAUCCGCUUUGCAACGAGCUUUUGCGCAACAUUUCCAAAAGUUGACACGGUUGACGGAAGAUGUCGUCAAAGCAAAAAAGAAAGCGGAACGGGAAGCAAAGAAGAAAGCUGCUGAAGAGAAGAAAGAGACUACAGAGUCAAAAGCCGAGCCACCAAGCGAGGAACCCAAAGAGACGCAAGACGGAAAAGUCGAAGAAGAGAAAACGGAGCUG